AUGUACAGUAGAAGAGGGUUAACGGCUGCAUCCCGAUUAAGGGUGCAGCUGACGCGCCCGCAUGUCGCCACACUGGAGCCGCUCGGCCAGCCACAAUCCGUUCCCCCGUCUGACGCGAUGGAGAACAGUCUUGAGGCGUUGACUCGUUCCACGCCCUCCAGACGUCCAGGCCAUGACGAGCGCCAGACCAAACACGACUCCUCCGAUCCUCCCCCGGUUUCCCCUUGCCCGAAACUUCGACAGCUGUGCCACGACCCCUAG